UCGCUCCCUUUUGGAUCAUAACCAUAAAAAAAAAAAGGAAAAAGAGAACAAGUACAGCUCUGAGUAGCCAUGGUGGCCUUGAGCUGCCAGUUUCAACCAACUAUCAUUAACAGUUAUCUAAGCGCUAAACCCAGAUCAGCUAAUUCAAUCUUUUGCUCUGCUCAACCCUCUCAAAGCAAUAUCAAGGUCAUUAUAAAUGGUGCAGCUAAGGAAAUAGGAAGGGCUGCAGUGAUUGCAGUCACCAGAGCCAGAGGAAUGGAGGUGGCUGGUGCUGUUGAUUCUUAUCUCGUUGGAGAAGAUAUUGGCAAGGUAUGUGACAUGGAAGAACCUCUUGAAAUACCUUUAAUGAAUGAUCUCACCAUGGUCUUAGGCUCCAUCUCUCAGUCCAAAGCAACAGGAGUAGUUGUGGAUUUCACUGAACCUACCCAAGUAUAUGACAAUGUGAAACAGGCAAUAGCAUUUGGCAUGAGCAGCGUGGUUUAUGUGCCAAGAAUUAAACCAGACACAAUAUCAGCAUUGUCUGCUUUCUGUGAGAAGGCCAGCAUGGGUUGUCUUGUUGCACCAACUCUGUCCAUUGGAUCCAUUCUCCUUCAACAAGCUGCAAUUUCAGCUUCUUUCCACUACAGGAAUGUAGAAAUUGUUGAAUCAAGGGAUACUGCAAUGGAUUUUCCAUCUCCAGAUGCAACCCAAAUAGCCAAUAAUCUUUCCAACCUUGGGCAGAUAUACAAUAGAGAAGAUAUCUCAACAGAAGUUUCGGCUAGGGGUCAAGUUCUUGGCGAAGAUGGAGUUCGUGUGCAUAGUCUAGUUCUUCCGGGUCUUCCUUCCAGUACAACUGUAUACUUUUCCGGCCCAGGAGAGGUUUACUCUCUCAAGCACGAUAUUACUGAUGUGAAGUGUUUGAUGCCAGGCCUUAUCUUAGCUAUUAGAAGAGUUGUGCGCCUUAAGAACCUGGUGUACGGCUUGGAGAAAUUUUUGUAGAACUCUCAGUGUUUUCCGCUAGACUUCAUUUGAAAACCUUCACUCCCAGCAAUAUCUAAUCCAGGGACCAUUUUUAUCCUGCGAAAAUACAAUAUGAGACAAGAGGCACUUUUAAAGAAACAUAGAGGGGGGAAAUGAGAAAUAAUAUCCAUAAUGACUUAUUAUUAGUACUCAAGUCAAUUAUUUUGCUACAAUAUUCUUUAAUGGUUUUGAGGGACUGCAUAAUUAUUUUUCUUUCAUAGUCUCGAUUUAAGCUGAACUCCAAUACACGUUCGACAAUAUAACAGUCUGACUUUGAUUGCGUUGUUUUGACAAAAAUUGAAGCUUUAUUAAUAUUAUUUGGAAUGAAAUGUCCUUGAACAAACUUAUUGCUUA